UUGGAGAGGCGGCGAAGAGUGGAAAUUUUGUUUGGUCUGGGUCUCCUUGCUAAGCCGCGAUUUUAAAUAUGUAGGGUUAAAUCGUCUUAAACGUCCCACCAGCUACAGACAAUUAGUUCACUCGAGCAGUUAUAGAAUUAAGGAGGUCAAAGGUUAUUUGUGUAGUUAGCGCUUCGUAAAUGAUAUGGAAAACUUUAAGCAAAUGCGUUCUGUUUAAAUCUAAUACCAUACAAAGCAAGCAACAUUUAAGUAUAGCAACUGGGCUAUAUACCCAGGAAGAAAGAGUAACAUUUUGACAUUUUAUGUACAUCAAGACAAUCGGGAAGUAUUUAUUUAAAAGCAGAUUUCUGGGUUAACAAUACGCAUGUAAAAGCACAUGACGGGAACUUAAAGAAAUCUUCUUAAAACAUAGUGCGCGUGGGAUAGAUGUGGGAUCAGUGCUAAUUUUAAUCAACAUAAUGACCACGGCUGAGCUCCCUCCGAAAUGUCAAGCAUUAGUGGUGCGAGUCCGAUUAGAUGUAGUGGGCAGGAGCCCCUAAGCAGAGUGGAGCUGUGAGCCCCGUGGAGAGCGACGCGAUUCAGAGCCGGAAAGUCGGCAAUGGCAAUUUGUCGGGCAACUUAAAAGGAGUACUUCCAGAAAGCGACCUGCAAUCCCCGUGGAAAACGAGGUGGACUGUCUUCCUGCCGAGGGCUGACCAACUCCGCAAAGAGGACGCAAAAGCUGAUUUCACUUGUUACCACCGCCACGCUCUCACUAAUAUGCCAGCAAUAAAAAAGGAGACACUCGAUGGGGAUGAUAUGGCACUGGCUGCCUUUAACCAGUCGGAAUACCUGGCCCCUUUAAAUGCCACCGCUAUCCCCGUGGUGACCCCUCAUCCACCGCCUUAUGAUCACAUUUUCGCCCAUCAUCGGGUUUACUUGGGACUGCAGGACGCGGCACUUCACAACCAGCACCUUCACCACCCCGAUGACUUAAUGCUGGAGAGGUUCUCCUCUAUACCCGACUUCCAGCCUUUCUUUGACAACGGAGAGCCCUGCAUCGAGGUGGAAUGCGGGGAGAACAAAGCCUUGCUGUACAUCAAUAAGUUGUGCCAGGGCAGCAAAGGACCCUCGAUCAAAUACCGCGGAGAGUGGCUCACCCCUAACGAAUUCCAGUUUGUCAGUGGAAGGGAGACGGCAAAAGACUGGAAACGUAGUAUCAGGCACAAGGGGAAAAGUUUGAAGACUCUUAUGUCCAAAGGAAUUUUACAGGUACAUCCACCAAUCUGUGAUUGCCCUGGGUGUCGAAUUUCGUCUCCAGUGAACCGUGGACGCCUGGCUGAGAAACGCUCCACACCCCUGGCCCUGACUCGCACCCCCAAGAGGGAGCUGGCUUCGGCAUUCAGCAGCGACGACAGCGACGGCUGCAGCGGCCAUGCUGACAUCAAGCAGGAGCAAGAGCUUCAUUUCCCUGCUGUAAGAAAGAGUGAAGGUGACCUCUCCCCCACCGGCUCCAGUCUCCACUGCAGCCCUGAAGACCAGCCUGGCAGUGAGGUCCAGAGGCAGCGCUUGCUUCUCAGGAGUCCUGGUCACACAGACAACAUCCUGGGUAAGCGGAGAGCCUAUUCCCCCAGCAGCAGCAGCAGCAGCAGCAAGAAGGCACGUAGCCAGUCACCUCGGGAGAGCUCGCACACCCUGAGCCAGGAGUCGCUGAGUCACAUGACCCCAGAAGAGCACUACCGCCGCAUGAUGUCAGCGCUCAGUGAGCCAGGGUCCUAUGAGGAACAGCAGCAACGCAUAUUCCAGCUUGCCAGUAGCAUGGGCGUGCCCAGCCCUGCAGAUCUGCUGCGCGUGCGGCCAGAGGGGCUCGGUGUGAGGGUCCCAGGAGCCGUGGAGGCGGGGGGCUCUUCCAGUCAGCGGCGCAAGCAGGGUCUGCCACAGCAUCGGGAUGCCCACUUUUCAGACAGAGAUGCAUCGCAACCCUCGCCACUGCUAGCACCUCAGAGUGGGGCCCCCCACAUUGCACUGGGGCCCCACCUGCGCCCUCCUUUCCUGGGUGUGCCCCCUGCCCUGUGUCAGACACCAGGAUAUGGCUUCCUGCAGCCUGCCCAGGCGGAGAUUUUUGCCCGCCAACAAGAGCUGUUGAGAAAGCAGAACCUGGCAAGGUUGGAGAUGUCUGCUGAGCUGCAGCGUCAGCGCCUCCUGGUGGACACCCUGGGGCUUCCUCCUGGGCUUCCCACAGACCACCCAGCACUGCGCAGCCUGCAGGACCUCCCAGAGGGCCACCCACUCCGUGAGGAGUUAAGCCGCCGUGGCGCCAUGCUGCUGCUGCGCCAUAGCACUGCCCCACUGCUCUCCUUUGGCCACCAAGGGGCAGUGUCCUGCACAGCCCCUGGGGAUCCUGGUCCCUGCAAGAGCUUGCGGAAGGGUGUGUCUAGAGACCAAGCCGGAGAGAGCAAGGAGGUACCAGCAGAGGGCUGGCUGAAAGAUGGAGAUGUGGAUGGGCUGGCUGACGCCAUCAAAGACUCUGAGAGCGAAACGGAGGCCAGUGAGGAUAAGCCGGCUUCCGUCAGGCAUGCACCAAGGGCUCAACUGGCCUCUGUCAGGGAUGCUGCCAAGCCCAGCUUGGGAGGCAGGGAGCAGGGUGAGGUCCCUGCUCAGCUCAGUGCCUCUGGCAGUGCGGCAGAUCCCAAUUCUCCCAGCCACCCCCUCUUCACCCUGGGCAUAGGCAAAAAUGAGGCCAAGUACCUUCCAGCCACUGUAGUGCCACCCCUGCCCACGUUGCCCACGCUGCCUGCCCUACCAACAUUACCGGGUCCCACACUUCCCUUCAGCUUUCCCUACACAAGUCCCUAUCUGCACACAGGUACCAUGGGGGGGCUGUUCCUCGACGGCGAGGAUGUUGGACCUGUGGAGGACAUUAGCAAGUGGACGGUGGAAGAUGUGUGCAGUUUUGUUGGUUGCCUGGCUGGGUGCUCUGAGUAUGUGCAGGUGUUCCAAGAGCAAGGCAUUGACGGCGAGACUCUGCUGCUGCUCACUGAGGAACACCUGCUGAACACCAUGGGGCUGAAACUGGGCCCUGCGCUGAAGAUCCGCUCCCAGGUGGCGCGGCGUGCUGGCCGGAUCCUCUACAUGACCAGUCUCCCACUUGCUCUCCCGCUACCGCAAUCUGUUCUGCGGCCUCCGGACAAGGAUCUGGCCCCCAGUGACAUGCGCCCUCUGUCUGGGGGCGUCACCCUAUCCCCUGCUCCGGGGCACCCCUCGCCCAAGCAUGAGAACGGCUUCUCUGCAACCUCCUGUGAGAGUGCCAAGCAGUCCUGCUAGAAACAGCAUGGGACUCUCCCCUGUGCCUGUGGGGAUGCUUUUUGGAGUUGGGGAGGGGCUAUCCGCCUAUCUAGACAGGUUGGCAGCAGCUCCUGAUGUCUCCUUUUUGAAGCUGCCAAAGCACUCACUGCAUCACCUUUGCUUCCCUCUUUAGUCACAGAGAAGUCAGAACAACACAGAGGAGAAAGAGAAUACAAACAAAUCCCUGGUCCUUCGAGGACGGGAGGAAAAAAGUUUCUUUUGCCGUCUUUCCCUUCUUGACAAGCAGAUGCCUUCCCAGCGAACUCGUCGAUGCUCCCGAUCUACCCAAACCUGCCAGGGGUGCAGCUGAGAAUUAUGUGUUUUGGAUAAAUGGGCCAUUCAGCCCCAUGUCAUCUGUCCAGCUCUUAUGAGCACUUAAGCAGUAUAGGGUCACCGUAAACCUGGAGCUGAGGGCAGGAGGCAGGGAGCAUACUGGGUUGCUUGUCCGUUCAUCACAAGGCACUCGCUUUCACUCACACAAUACUGUAAAUUUCAGAGAUGCCAGCUUAACUGCAUUUUCUGGACUGCAGGAAGAGACCCACACAAACACAGGGAGGAUGUGCAAAGUUGGGGACAGGAAUCAAAGAUCCAGUACUUGGAGGGACCACACCCCCCACUCCCAUUCAGUUCUGAAGAGAAACUUUGUUUGUAAAUAUGAAAAGCUGCAAAGCACAUUGUUUCUGCAACUAUGCAUUCCGUGGUUGUAUACCAAAGAUGAAGGGUGGGAUACACAGAGGUUCGGACAAGGCCUGAGGUAUCUUCUUCACAGACCUGACAGUGUGGGCUUUAAGUGGGCCUACUGAGCUGAGGUACAUACAAACAGGAAGUAACAGAAGUAAACUCAUGGACAGAGACUAGGAAUAAUGGCUGCCUAGUGAUGACAACUAUGAAGGACCCGAAUGUUGCCUCUGUCUUUAUAUUGCUUACUACUGAAGGGGAGUGUUCUAUGCUCAAAUGUACAGUGGCAUUUAAAAAAAUCGAGUUAUAUAAGUAGUACAUUUUUUUAAUGUAUGGCUUCAGUAAUGACAUUUUCCAUUAUUAAAAUGUGGCUUGCUAACUGGUGGUACUCUGGUUCGAACUCUUAAGCAUUCAGUGAUAUUUAAAAAAAAAUAUCUUGAAAUAGCAUAUAAAAAUGAAAAAUUGUGUUUUGUUGUAGUUUGGUUUGUGUAAUUGUGUUUAAUUCAUCCUUUAAAUGGAUGCCAAAGAUUUUACCAUUUUCCGUAUUGGUUACAGGAAAUUUAAAGGCACAAAACUCUUUAUGCAAAACAUCUGUUAUGAACUUUUUAGCAACAAGAAAGCAGACAUUAAAAUGGUCUUUACAUCUCCCCAAUAAGCAAUGUCUCUGUUCUAUUUUUAUAUUUACUCCUAGUAAAAUAAAUUCUCUUAAGAAUGCA